AUGACAGAAGAGGAUCCCCUCUCCCUCGACCGCAUCCGUAAUAUUCUCGUCCGUCUUGAGGAUACCAUCAUCUUCAAUGUCAUCGAGCGCGCUCAGUUCGCUCAGAACCCGCGCAUCUACGAGCGGGGCGCCUUCUCUGAACUCAAAGAGCUUGGCUUCGAGGGCUCAUGGCUCCAGUGGUUCCUCAAAGAGACCGAGUCCUUCCAUGCCAAAGCACGUCGAUACACGAGCCCAGACGAGUACCCGUUCAGCUCAGGCCUGCCCAAACCCGUUCUGGCACCUCUCGACUUCCCCAAGAUCCUCUACCCCAACGACAUCAACGUGAACCCGUCCAUCCUCUCUUUCUACACGCGCUUCUUUGUACCCCGCAUCACCCGGCACAAGUCCCUCUCCCUCGCCGCGUUCAAGCGCUCCAAGGGCAUCAUAGGCGACGCCGAGUACGACGAUGACGGUAACUACGGUUCUGCUGCAACGAUGGACAUCGAGGCACUCCAGUCCAUCUCCAAGCGCGUCCACUACGGCAAGUUCGUCAGUGAGAGCAAGUUCCAGGCACACCCCGGCGACUUCAUCCCACACAUUCUCAACCGGAACAUCCCCGCCCUCGAGGCACUCAUCACGAAACCCGAGGUCGAGCGCAAGCUCCUGCAGCGCCUCCGCAAGAAGGCGAUCACCUACGCCCAGGACUUCGCACCCAGUGGCGACACCAUUACGGACUCACACCUCAAUGGGUCCGGUAAAGUCGACGUCGAUGGCGUCGUGGAGUUGUACGAAAACUACAUCAUUCCUCUAACAAAAGAGGUGGAGGUUGAGUACCUUCUCCACAGGCUUGAUGGGCUUUCGGAAGAGGAGAUUGACGAGCUCGCCAAACGGUAG